AUGGCGGACAGAGACUCUCGCCAGGCAAAGCGGCGCAAGACACGAAAGGGCACCCGCAGCUGCUGGGAAUGCAAGCACCGCAAGAUCCGCUGCAUUUUUACGGCGCCGGAAGAUGCCGUGUGCGCCAGCUGUGCCCGGCGCUGCAAAGAGUGCGUCAGCCAGGAGUUCCCCGACCAGACGACGCCGGAGCGCAGCAGUAGGCUGGUCGGCGAUCGCUUCCAACGCAUGGAAGCCAUGAUUGCCACGCUGGCGAAGCAGCCCUUGGUGACUGAUUCCCGCAGCCCCAAUUCUGUGGCUGCGUCGGUCUCUGCUGCGUCGGAGCCCACUCCGGGGAGUGUUGAUGAAGCUGCUAUACCUGGUUUCUUUGUUUACGAAGACAAGUUCCGCACACCUGCUUCGUCGCCCGAUGCUAUUCACCCCCAGGUGAUCAUAGCACCGAUACCGACACCGGCUGCGACAAGCACCAAGGCUCGCGACGUUGCAAGAACCCUGCUUGCCGCCUAUCCCGGCGAAGCGUUCAUAAAAGUACUCGCUGAUGCAGGCAGGUUAUUUCUCAAUAUGUACCUGACCAUGUAUCAUUCCUAUCGCGACAUUGACGUCUGGAUUGACCAUCCGGAUCAGGCCCGACCAGAUUACCAUUUACUUCACACGCGGCACACGGCCGAGUCACAUCCCGCCGUCAUCGCAGAGCAGAUGCUCAUUUUUGCCAACGUCCUGCAACAAGCUGGGAGCGAUACGCUGGCCAAACUCGAAGCACUCUCUGAUGAGCCCCCACAGGUUAUUAUGGCCCGUCUAGCUACCACUGCCACGGCCAUGGUCACCACUCACAACAUGAUUCUGGACACGUGCGACGGCAUGACGUGUCUGAUACUCGAUAGCAUAUACCAAGCCAAUCAAGGCAAUGUGCGCCGCGCCUGGCUUGCCCACAGACGCAUUGUGAGCAUCGCACAAGCCCUCGGCCUGCACCGCCGUCCUUAUCGAGCCCUAAGUAUCAAGUCAAUUCAAUCCAGCUGCAUCCUGGAUCCUCGGUUCCUCUGGCACCGUCUCGUCCACAUUGAUCGCGUUCUCAGCCUGAUGCUUGGCCUGCCAGUUGCCUCCUCCGAUUCGUCCAUGGUGUCUGAAGCAGCUCUCACCCAGGAUACACCCAUGGGCCAGCUCGAACGCCGGCACGCCUUUGCGGCUGGUCAGAUCUUGGAGCGCAAUGAUCGCGAACCAACCCCAGAAGACUAUGAUCUAACGCAGCGCAUCGAUGCAGAUUUACAAAAAGCCGCCAAUAAUAUGCCUAGCAGAUGGUGGCUCGAGCCUACUUGGAAGCCCGCCCUCACCAGCACACAGCGGUUCUGGGAGUCGCGGCGACUGCUUAACCAGAUAUACCACUUCUAUCUUCUGCACCAACUACAUCUGCCGUACAUGGUCAUUGGCUCGGCACCAUCGGAAGCCAACCAGAGCCACUACGAGUAUAGCCGCAGUACCUGCAUCAGUGCCAGCCGGGACAUAUUGACGCGCUGCCUACACAACAUUGCCCAAGACGGCUUCGUGUCUCACUGUCGACUACUUGACUUCUUGGCGUUGAUGUCUUCCCUUACUCUACUACUCAGUCACCUCUAUGCAAGGGGGACGGGCCCGUUCUACUUGGCCCACCAGCGUCUCUCCGAUCGCGGCAUGAUUGAGCAGCUAUUAGAGGCGCUGGAAGUAGACGGGCCGGUAGAUGGUGGCGAGUCAAAGAUACCAGCGGCCAAGAUGAUAAGGCAGCUUCUGGAAAUAGAUGCUAGUCUAGACUCGGGCUUUGGUAGUGGUACGCCUGACAGCAGUAGCUCCGGUACCGUCCGCCCACACGAUGCUGAACCAAUCCGGUUUUUCGUCCCCUGCUUCGGAGUGUUGAACAUUUCCAGAGAUGGCAAGAUUACCUUUGAGGGCAACAGCACCGGCGACUCGGCAGGAGAUUUUCCACAGCCGCAAGGCCCGACAUAUGAUGGCGGUUCUAGUGGGAGGGCGGCGCCAAUGCACGGAGUGUCUGCUGACAUUGGGACACUCUCCGUGCACUCUUCUCAGGAUGGUUUCUUGCCUGUGACAUCAAAUCCGUCGUCUUCGGAGGAUAAUAAUGCUUGGGCAUUGCAGGGUGUUGAUUUUGCUUUUUUCGAAAGCUUGUUGCGAGAAAGUUCUGCGCAGGUAGGGGACAAUGGGAGUGGCAACUUAUGGGCCAGUGCUGCGGGCAUGUAG